AAGAGAGAAAAUGCCUUUAAAAAAAGACUUGCGACUUCUGUUGAAGCCCUAUUAUUUUAUAAACAUUUUACUCAGUCUCUCAUAUAUUGUCUCCAAACGCGUUCCAUUUGUGUGUAACUAUGUAUUUGCACAAGCUGAGUGUGAACUUGAUGGGAGAGAGACAGAAAUUCUGUUUUUUCUUAUGAUAGUCAUAAUGAUAAGGACAAGAAAGACUGGAAGUGUAACUAUGAUAAGUUACUUAUCAUCCAGCUUUGUAUAUACUAAAGUUGCCAAUCUGAUUCUUUGGUUUUAUGCAGAUAUACGUAUGGGAAUAAUAUUUGCUAUUGUAUUCAUCUUAUGCGGUCUAGUAUUUCCUGAACCAACAUACCAAGGUCCAGAGAAAGUAACGUAUUUACGAGGUGCAAACGGAUUGCAGGAGGAAUUGCACCGUGACACGAGAAUCGUUUGGUUAGUUGCGUUUUACACAGCAUGGAACCCAGCUUGCGUCAACUUCGCACCUAUAUUCUCCGAGCUUUCGGCAGAAUACGCUUUGGAAAAUUUGAAAUUUGGGAAAGUAGAUAUAGGGAGGUAUCCAGAUGCUGCAGUGAAGUACCACAUAAGUGAUGCUAGCACUAGCAAACAGCUUCCCACCUUAAUUUUAUUUAAGGAAGGGAAAGAAGUAGAAAGACGUCCAUACGCAGAUCAUAAGGGCAAACUAGUUAAAUUUCUUUUCUCAUUGGAUAAUAUAAAGGCAGCUUUCGAUCUGAACAAUGUGUACAGAGAUUGUAAAAAAAAUCCGAUUAAAAGGAGAGAGAAGAAAGCAGUAAAAGCAGAAUGACCUAAUUAACAUUUCCAAACGUUUGUUGAAUUACUGAUGUCAUAGCACUGCCAACAAUUUCAAAUGAAAAUUACUUCUACUGUGUAGAAUAAUGGACGUUUAGUGUCACGCGCAAAUUUUCAUUUAUAGCAAAACUGCAAAAGAUUUGUAAAUAUUCAUUAUACUUUCUAUCAUUGUACGCAUUUUAUGCACCACUGUGUUCUAUUAGUGGAUAUCGGAUAUUAAUGUAGGUUUAAGAUAGUAAUUUAUUAAAAGCGAGUAGUUGUUAUUACAAUAAUUGAAAUGGAAUGAUACAUAAAGUGCCACGUGUAUGAAUUCAUGAAAUACCAAAACAGAGCUUCUAGUUAAUCUAGUUAAUCUAGUUAAUCUAGAUCGUAUGCGACAUAGCAAUUUCAUUGAAUAAACUGUUGUUGAAAUAUA